AUGUCAGGCCUGGCUCACCUCCGGAACCAGGAGCCUGAGUCUGCAGAUGCUUUGGGCCCCACAGCAGAAGCCUUCUUGUUGGUUUUGCAGCCCAAGCCCAGGCUUGGAGACCUCAUCGAGAUUUUCCGCCCUUUCUACAGACACUGGGCUGUCUACGUUGGUGGCGGAUAUGUGGUCCACCUGGCACCCUCAAGUGAAAUCCCGGGAGCUGGUGGGGCCAGUAUCAUGUCUGCAGUGGCCGACAGGGCCAUAGUAAAGAAAGAGCGGCUGCGUGACGUGGUUGGGAGGGAUCCAUACAGGAUCAACAACAAGCAUGAUGACAAGUACGACCCAUUCCCUCCCAGCAAAAUCGUCCAGCGGGCAGAGGAGCUGGUGGGCCAGGAGUUCUGCUACAGCCUGACCAGCCAGAACUGCGAGCAUUUCGUCAAUGAGCUGCGCUACGGGGUCUCCCGCAGUGACCAGGUCAGAGAUGCUGUCACAGCAGCUACCAUCUCUGGAGUGGGCCUGAUAGCCCUAUUCGCUGGAGCCAUGUUCUCAAGAAACAAGAAGCAAAAUCAAUGACCUGAAGGGAGUGUCUUGUCAGCAGUGGCUUUAGACAUUGAGGGGUGUCUUGUUUUGCUAGACAGUUUUGAGAGAGUUAACAGGCAGGUUGAUAGGCAGUCCAAGGCCCCUUUAAGGAGGAAGUAAACUUUCCUUCUUUUUCUUAUUCUUUUGCCUUAGUCUCGUAGGCCCUGUGAGCUAUGAUAUAUCUUUCCAAGGAUGGGCUAUUUUUAAAAGCUCUGUGUUCAUUUUGCAACAGUCUAUUUCAUUUGAAAACUGGCCUUUUAAGCAUAACAUAUCUUACUCCUGGGUAUGCUUUUCUCAGACUCUAGGUCUCCAUGUCAGUCAUUAUAACUGUACCAAAUGGUGCCUGGGAACCUGUUUCCUCACUGCUUACACAACCAUAACACAUCUCUCCCAGGGAAAGAGUGCUUGAAACCCCAUUCUUCCAUACUAGUCUUGGGCCAAUGUUAUCUCAAGAUGUAUGCUGUGGGAGAGGGUCUGGAUAAAACUUUCUCAGUCUUGAGGCUUUCUUUUUAUCUAUUCUCAGCAGCCAGUUGAAAAG